AUGUUCGCAGCAAUCCCGCCAGCACAGCCCUUCGCCUUCCAAGCGUCCUGCACACAUUAUACUCCAAUGCAUCCGUCCCCAUUGUCGCCGCGCAACUCGACGCUUGCCUCGACACGGCCAAUAAACGGGUUUCCCUCCGCAUCGACUGCAUAUACCGAACGUCGCGCAACAAGCGACACGGACCGAGCAGACUCGGAACCAACCCAAGCACACAACUUUUUCUUCUCUACGGAAAACACCAACUCUGCCACGACCACGACCACGACCGCAAACUCCAGGCCCUUCUCCUCGCGCUCCCGUACCUCGCCCACCUACGCCCAGCGCUACGCAACCCUCUCCAACCCCCUCAACAAUGCCUCACGAACAUACAGCACCUCGACCUCACCAUCCGCGCGCACAACAAGACGAACCAUAUUUCUCAACCGAGUCAAGGCUGACCGGGACGCGGAGCGGUUUGAGAACCGCGGCGAGCAGCUUAUGAUGAUGGAGCAUGUGGCGGAGCAGAAGCAUUGGGGGGAGCUGAUGCGGAGGCGGGCGGAUGGGCUCAUGCAGGCGUAUCAGCUGAACGAGGAUGCAGGGGAGGACAUGGAUGGUAUUGAUGAUACGGACGUGCGUGCUUUGGAUGAGUACGUGUCUGAGGAGCAGGCUAUGGAAACUGCGCUGUUGGAGACUGUGCAUGUGCCAUCUGGGAAUACGGGUGGAACGCAUGAUGCCAGCUUCUCGUUCAGUGAUGAGGAGUAUGAGGAUAUUUUCAUGGAUCUGGCUGAUCAAGGACCACAGAGCCAGGAUAUGGAUAUGUCGAGUGGAUGA